CAUGUGCUAUAAGGGAUUCCUCAGGAUUUCCCAGAUGAAAUUCAGUAGCUUGAUAAAUGACUUGAAGGAUAGUAUGACAGUAAUAGGACACUUGCUUAGCAUGUGUGAAGCCCUAGGUUCCAUCACUUUGUCUGUCUGUCCGUCUGUCCAUCUGUCCGUCCCGCACACAUCAGAAAGCCAAGACUGACAUUUUUAGACAGGGUCUCAUUUUGUAUCUCCUCUGACCUAAACUUUAAAUCAGCUUCAUAAUGCUACAAUUACAGGUGUGUGUUGAUACGCUCAACCAGAAGUUCAUCUUAAAUGUUUGUGUUCACUGGUGUGUGUUCAUUUAAAUGUAGCUUCCUGGACCAGUAAGAUGGGCCAGCAAGUAAAGAUGCUUUCCACCAAACCUGAUAACCUGAGUUCAAUUCCCUAUCCCCAGGACCCACAUAAUGAAGGAAGAUAGCUACUCCCACAGGUUGAUGUCUGACUUCCACCUAUGUGCAAUCUCUCUCACUGUCUCUGUCUCUGUCUCUCUCUCACUCACACAAACACAUAAACGUCAUAAAAUUUAAUCUAGAUUCCUAUAAGAGAGAAAACACUUGUCAUUCUUAUUUUUCAUUACUGUCUCUUGUCUUUCCCUCUCUUAAGUCCUCUUUGACGUUCAUUGCUCUUUAAUGUUUGGGAGCAACCUGACCUAAAAACAGACACUUGGGACAUUAGCACUGUGAAAUAACACCCACCCAACUCCCCACCCUGGAAUGGAGAAGUCUAACUGCAAUCAAAAUUGCAAACCACUGGUGUAGCUAGGAAUAGGAUGGAGCUGGGGUGGGGGUCAGACUCCAACUAUCCCUUUCCUAGAUAGAAAUUUCUCAGUGAUGCGAUUGAUUCCCAGUGGCCAAUCUCAGAGCUUGGGUGGGAAGGCAACCACUUUUAAGAGCACUUUGCCACACCUGUAGCACUAUGAGCCUAAGUAGAUGCUGGCCUUGGAGAGAUGACAACAGUCUGGCUACUCAAUCUUGUGGGUGUCUCUGUAGUUCUCUCAUCCAUUUCUUUGAAGAUUUGGAUGUCUUGACAGCAAGAAUUAUGAGGUUUGGAUUGGCACUCAAAUGUAAUUCUUUGAAACUGGGUCUUGUGUAGUCCAGGUUGGUCUUCAACUUGCCCUUUAGCUAAGGAUGUCUUUGAAUUGAUCCCCUGCCUCUAGAGUUCUGAGAUUACAGGCUUGUUCCUGUACUCAAUUUACACAGUAGUUUGUGCAUUCUAGGCAAGCACCAAACCAUAUCCCCAGCCCUCAGAACUUCUCUGUGCAAAGGUUGUAGUGAACUUGGAGGAGACAUCCCCAAUGACUCCUCCUAAGACUUAUAGCAGCUUUUCAUCUGCUGGAACCCAGGUCCAUGAUAAAGUUUGGUUCAGAGACUUAGAGAGGCAGGUGUGGUGUUGAUCAUAGUUAAAGUCUGGUGUCAGGGUCUUUCUGAGGGGAUUUAGAGCAGAGAUACACAGAACUGCAAACACCUGAGCCUACCAGGUGUCAUGCCAAGCCAUGGGUUGAGUCUGGAAAAUGCUGUGGUUUUCUUCUGAAAAGAGGGCCCCUUCUUCCCUUCUCCCUUUUCCUCACCCCCUUUUUUGGGACAGGAUCUUGCUGUAGAUCAAGCUAGCCUCAAAACUCAAGGUAAUCCUCCUGACUUAACCUUUUUUAAAAAGAUAUUUUACUAUUAUUGUGUGAGUCUCUCCCUACCCCGUGUGUGUGUGUGUGUGUGAACACAAGUGUGGAAGCAGAGGACAACUUUGGGGAGUGGGCUCUGGGGAUCUACCAUGUGGGCUCUGAGGCUCUUAACUCAGGGCAUCAGGAUGAGUGGCAAGUGCCUUUACAUACUGAGCCAUCUCACAGGUCCAACAACUUCUUAAGUCAUGGUUUCAAGGCCUCUCUCCAAAUAUAGUCUUAGAAAUUGGGGGAGGGGACACACACCUCAGUCCAUAAGAUAUUGUCACCAGUUCCUAAGCACAGUUCUCUGGUCAAGUUGCAUAAAAAUACUAAUGGCAAAAAGAAAUGGUUUUGUGUCUUUUGCAUAUAACCCCCUUUAAAGGCUAAUUGAUCAUUUUUUAAAAUGAAAAGUUGGACUAGCUGAGGGGAUCCCACUGAUAGUAGCUUUUGCUAUAAGAGCUUCAAGCCAAGUUGCUGAUUGAAGGCCUGUGUGCACAGGGUGGGGAAGUCGUCAGGUGGUAGAGCACUCAUCUAAUAGGCCAGAGCUGCGGUGCCUGCCUUCCCCAGAGCUUGCCCCACGCCACCCUUGUCUGUGUUGCUUUUGCUUUGCAAGCUUUUAACAAACCACAGCAGCCAAACCUAAUACCUGUCCAGUCCUGUGAGUAAAUAGUAGGAUUGGUAGAGGUGGUUCCCAGGACCCAGCAGCAGUCACGGGGGACUUCUGGUGUGUUGGUAGUGCCUUCUUUUUCAGUCUGUAUACUCUUUAUACAGUAUGUGUCCAGCUAGAGGAAACUCAACAUGUGUAAUUAUAACCAGACCAUUUUUCUAUAAACACACCAUAUUUCAAUGAAAAGUUUAAAUAAGCCAAGAGUGGUGACAUACUCCUGUAAUAUCAGCAUAUAGAGUCUAAAGCAGGACUGCUAAGUCCAAAGCCUAUCUAGGCAGCUUAGAACAUUUUUUAUUAUUAAAUUAUUAAAAAAUAAGUUAAUUAAAAAUUUAAAGAGUGGGGAUUGCUGGAAAGAUGGCUCAGCAGACAGGGCACCUGCUAUGAGUUGGAAUCCCCAGAAGCCACUUCAAAGCCAGAAGAAGGUGCUAGAUCCUCACAGAACAAUGAGGCACAGGUGAACCACAUGAGCACUGUGUGACUGAGAAGAAGAAACCAGGACCAAAUCUGGUCAGGCUUACAAUCUCUGCGUAUCCAAUUAGUUCUUGGUUUCCCAGGCUAUCCCAUGAGCAUUCAAUGCUCAAGUCCCAACCCUGCAAGUUUCUUGCUCACAAGAUACAGGUUUUAAAAGGAGCUGCACCAUUAGAGCACUCACAUGAUGCAGAGUGCUGGGUGGCUUCCAUUUUAAAUCUCCGUGGCCAAUCAACAAUGUGCAGGCCUUUGAAAGAUUCCCAGCGCCUUGUUUGAAUUCGAGGGGGAGCAGAGCAAGUUUAGGAGCAUGAAGACAGCAGCCAAAGCUGGAAAGCUGGCUCCAGCACCAGCUGACCUCUGGAAAGCCAGGGUCCAGGGAGAUGCAGGUCCCAGUGCCCCAGUGGCUGCCCCACUGUUGAAAAAGAUUCCAGAGGUCUUAGUGGACAAAGGCAGCAGGCGCCUUUAUGUAAGGGGACGCUUUCUGAGUAAAGCAGGCUUUGUCAAAUGCUUUGAGAUCUCAGACCAAAACACAAAGGAGGUGUUCGCAGCCAAGAUCGUGCCUAAGUCUUUGCUCACACCCUCCCAGAAGGAGAAGCUGUCCAAAGAGAUUUCCAUUCACCGCAGCCUCUCACAUCAACAUGUCGUAGGCUUCCACAGCGUUUUUGAGGACAGCGAAUUUGUGUUUGUGAUUUUGGAGCUUUGUCGGGAGAGGUCCCUCCUGGAGCUGCACAAGAGGAGGAAAGCCCUGACCCAGCUGGAGGUGCGCUACUACCUAAGGCAGAUAAUCCUGGGCUGUCAGUACCUGCACCACAAUCAGGUCAUUCACAGGAACCUUAGGUUGAGCAGCGUCUUCCUGAACCAGGAUCUGGAGGUGAAAAUAGGGGUUUUCAGGCUGGCAACCAAAGUGGAAUAUGAAGAGGAACAAAUGAAGACCUUUUGUAGCCCCCAGAACUUCGUAGCUCCCGAAGCGGUGAGACUGGGAAGUUUUGAGGAGGAUGUAUGGUCCAUCGGGUGCAUCAUGUACACCUUGCUAGUGGGCAAGCCACCUUUUGAGACCUCAUUCGAAAAAGAAACCUACCUCCGGAUGAAACCAAAUGAAUACAGUGUUCCCAAGCACAUCAAUCCCAUUGCUGCCUCCCUCAUCCAGAAGAUGCUUCGAAAACCCACUGCCCGCCCCACCAUUGAGGAGUUGCUCAAAGAUGAGUUCUUCACUUCUGGCUAUAUCCCUGCCCAUCUGCCCAUCACCUGCCUCACCAUCCCACCAAGGUUGUCAGUGGCUCCCAGCAGCCUGGACCCCAGCAGCAGGAAGCCUCUCAUGGUCCUCGAGAAAGGUGUAGAGAGACCCUUGCCUGACCGUCCCUGGGAAAAGGAGGAGCCAGUGGUUUGGGGGACAGGUGAGGCCAUCGAGUGCCACCUCAGUGACAUGCUGCAGCAGCUGACCAGGGUCAAUGCCUCCAAGCCCUCAGAGCGAAGGCUGGUGCGGCAAGAGGAGGCUGAGGAUCCUGCAUGCAUCCCCAUCUUCUGGGUCAGCCAGUGGGUAGACCAAUCAAUGAAGUAUGGACUUGGGUAUCAGCUCUGUGAUAACAGUACAGGGGCACUCUUUAAUGACUCAACAUGCCUCGUCCUCUACAAUGAUGGCGACAGCCUCCAGUACAUAGACCAUGAGGGUAUGGAGUCUUACCCCACCAUGAGCUCCCACCCUGACUCCUUGAUGAAGAAGAUCACUCUCCUCCAGCAUUUGCGAAGUUACAUGAAUGAACACCUGCAGAAGGCGGGGGCCAACAACACGGAGGCAGGGGCCAACACCACACCCCGGGAAGGUGAUGAGCUGGCCCGGCUGCCCUACCUGAAAAAAUGGCUCCGCACAAGCCACGCCAUUGUCCUGCACCUCAGCAACGGCACUAUACAGAUUAAUUUCUUCCAGGACCACAUUAUUCUGUGCCCCAUGAUGGCAGCUGUGACCUGCAUCAAGAACCAGGACUUCCACACAUCCUGCUUGAGCCUUCUGGAGGAAUAUGGCUGCUGCGAGGAACUGGGUAGACAGCUAUGCUAUGCCCACACCAUGGUAGACAGGCUGCUGAGCUCAAAGUCUCCCAACAGCAGACUCCAGGACAACUCCUAGGCCUCCGUCCUUUGGGCUGGUGCCCCUUCACUCUGCAAGCUCUGCCUGGGGCUGCAUUGCUGGACUUCUGGGACUGCUGUUCAGUAGCCCUAUCCAUGGGGCUGGGUGGGGAAGGGGCUGCUGUGUAAGUUAUUUUUGUAUAUGUUUGGAUCUGAGUUUAUAACCUCUUCCCCUGCCCUCAGUCUACUGUAUAACUUGUAUAGAUAUAUUUCUAUUGAAUUUGAGACUGUUCUUUCCUUGCCUUUAUAUUUAUUCAAUAUAUGUGCAUAUCUUUUC